AUUCUCUUUGCGAAGUGUCGCUGCAGUAGUAUUUUCAAACUCUGCUACGCUUAUCGAUGGGUAAGCUACACAACCUUUAUCUGAAGAAACGUUGCUUAAAACUUUCUAGAAUCCGAGUAAAGUCCGUAACGAAUUAAUUAUUAUCCGUUAUAAUCGUUAUUAUACUUAUUAUUCGUCUUAAAUUAUACGGUGCAAUAUAUCGUGCAAUCAGACGAGUCGACGUACGAAGAGUCUAGGUUAGACGUCGCUGUUUCUUGGCAGUAAACAAUGUUAUCGCCAACGCAAGCAGGAGGAAGCCAAGCGUCGUGGGAACCGCACCGGCUCACGUAUUUAAAACCAUCCUUCGAGAGUCACGAGAUGGCUCUUGCGAGUCGUAAGGAUCUGUGGCACAAAUUCAUCAUCUUCAACGGCGCCCAGUAUAGCCGGACUGAUAUUUUGCGGGCGGUAAUUAACACGUGCGAGCCGGCAGUUCUGAUACCGAUUAUGUACACUGUCGAGAAGAAUGGCAUGAGUACGUUUCUAGCGAAGUCGACUGGCAACACCAUAGAGAAUAUAGUGAAACAGGGAAUGUGCAUUACACUACCGGGUGGUCAGGAGUUACAGAUGGACAUUAUACUGGGAUUCCUUGGCUCGCAGGAGCUGCAGCUGAAUGCAAACAAGGCAAUAGCACAGGCACUGCACACCAGGUACGAGCCGAUGAAGAAGGUGUUCAAUUUAGACGACUUUGAGAACGAGAAAUUGCUAGGCACAAUAUUCUGCCCUAUUUCGAUACCAAAAAUGCUGGAUUUGGUGCUGCGCUGCAGCAAGAUGGGCAUCAUGGGUAACAAUUGGGAGGCGAAGCUUCCCGUCCGCGAACUGAGUCUCAAGUACAACAAGCUCACAGCCAUCAUACUGUUCGACAAGUUCUUCAACUAUCAUCUGACCAAGUUGGACCUGCGGUACAAUCAGAUCUUGGACGUGGAGUACCUACGCUACUUCUGCGAGUUCAAGAUAAGCGAGCUUUGGUUGGAUGGCAAUCCGCUGUGUACCAGAUACGCGAACUCGCAGGAAUACAUACAAGCCAUAAAGAACGUUUUCCCGCACUUGCAGAAGCUGGACGGCGUCGUCAUCGGGAUGGAGAAGAAAUUCGUGCCGAAUAUACAGAACAAUUAUCUCGGGGACGGCACAAGGAUCUCUCUGAUCAAACAGUUCAUCAGGCAUUUCUUCACGUUGUACGAUCAGAAGGACAGAAUAGUCAUGAACGGCCUGUACGACAGAAACGCGUUGUAUUCCAUGACGUUGGGAACCAUGACGAAUUACGUACACAAAGAGAUUUUUAAGACACUCUCCACAAACAGAAAUUUAUUGAAGUUCGUCGAUUACGCCAAGUGCCACGAAUACCUGUUCUGGGGACCCGAGGAUAUAAUUACUGCCCUGCAGCAGCAGCCAGCGACGGUGCACAAUUUCAGAACGUUCCACAUCGACCUGCUAAACGAGGAGGAUAAUCAUGUAGCUAUAUCUGUGCAGGGAUUAUUCUCGUAUCGGAUAUCGUCCUGCCCGCCUAUGCUGUUCAACAGGACUUUCAUCAUCGUGCGAAAAGAGGACAAUGAAUACUGCAUUGUCAACGAUCAGUACUACAUUAACGGUUUACUUAAUGAUGUGAAACUUGAUCAGAGACUCGUGCCAAAAUUUACGCCGACCAUGCUCAGCGUGUCGGAAAAGGAACAGCUGAUCCGAUUUCUACGUGAGCUCACUACGAUGAAUGUGCGAUACUGUUACAAGUAUCUUCAGGACGCAGAAUGGGACAUAAGAAGCGCGAUUACCACGUUCAUGAAGAACUAUACAGUUAACGAUGUGUCACCAGAGGCUUUCCAAUAGAUCACGAUUACGAUGGACAUUAAAUACGCAAAUAUAGUUCAAAAACGCAAAUAUAGUUUUAUUAUACAUGUAUAUAGAUAUGUAUAUAUUUGUCAAAUAAUAGGAAUAACAUGAUCUUACGUGUAAAAAA